AUGGCAAAGGGUUCUGUAUCUUUUUUCGCUGGAAGAAAUGCUGUCAUAUCUUGCAACGUGACUGGUUGGCCUCUCCCAAAAGUCAAGUGGUUCAUGAAUGGCAUGGAAGUCAGAGAUGGGGAUGUUAACCUUUCAGUCUCCCUUCAGGAAGAAAAACGGGCAGAAAAUAUUAAUUCAUCAUUGCACUUUUCUGAAUUGGACAAGCUUCACGCGGCGUACUUUACCUGUGAAGCCAAGAACAAGUUUUUCACAAGGAGGCGUAAUAUUCAAGUAUCAGUCACAUGUGAGGGAGCUUUAUCUAUCAAUUUAUUUUUUCCCGUCGCUUCUCACUUCAUUCACUUAUCUAAUAGAUAAAUGAAAUAAAUGAAUGAAUGAUAAAUAAAUUUGUUUAUUUAGUUCUAAUGAAGUUAGGUAAAGUGACAAAUAACUGUGUUUGUUUAGUUUUCAAUUACGAUUACAAUUAUAUUUUAAAUAUAUGAAUUUCACAACCGUUUAGUGCAUAUUUAGUGUUCUUAGAGUCACCUUAUAUGAACAUGCUUUGCGCCAAAUGUUAGGGAGCUGAAACAAGGCUCCAAAAAUGAAAAUGUUCAGGAUUUAAUUAAAUUUAAUUGAAAAAUUAUUCCAUUUGCGCCUAUUGGAAACGAGCUUGGUUAUAGCCAACUCAUAUCCAGCGCGCGAUAUAGUACACGAAUUGUUUGCCUUCUGAUAAAGAAAAAUGAACACGCAUUUGCACGCCCUGAGUACCAAAAUUACCAUUAUUAAUUAUUCAUUAUUUUAAUCGCCAUUAUGGCCCUUUUUCUAUCUAUUACUAUUGUUAUCCUUAUUAUCAUCGCUUGUUUAUUGUUAUUAGCGUUGCUGGUUUCAAAAACUGCUGCCAUUACUGUCUAAAUAGAAAUCCAGUUAUAAGCAGAAACCAAUGAUAUUAUUUUUUGUUGUAAACAUAACUUUUUCUCUCGUGUAGGUCCACCAACUCUUCCAGAGCUUACUACAAGAUAUCAUCAAAUUAAAUUAGGCUUGUCAAAUGUCACAUUAAAAUGUCAUGCGAACGGCCUGGAUUAUAACAAAUUGCAAUUCUACCACUGGCAAUGGAGGUUUCAAGGUCGUGUCAUAAGAAAAAGUGAUAAGUACAGCAUGUCUGAUUUCAUUCUUUCCCCCAACUUUUGCCGCCACUCGAAAGGCUCUACAAUCCUUCGUAUUACAAACACUUCUAAAGAAGAUUUGGGUCAAUACGUUUGUGUACUGCUGCUGUCUAAUAUCUCGCUUGCGGCAAAAGACAUUUCCAUGGGUGAGUGUUCUUGCAUGAAACGGUGUGGCACCGACUAAAGAUCUUCUGAAACUUCGUUAGAUGUUUUGAAAUUUCGUUCAUAUUCAAAUCUAUUUUGGAGUUCUGAAUUAUUUCCCCACAUUUUUAAAAGUUCCUCCAUAUCUCUUUUAUGACUAAACCUAUAGGGAAAUCUAUAGCAUCCGAAGCAAUAUCUUAAGAUCAAGUUUUUCUCAAAAAAGCUUUUCUGAAGGACAGUACAAAUGUUCCUGAGAUAUCUUGUUUGUAAAGGUAAUAAAUAAGGUCAGAUAUUGAUUUUUAAUCUUUUCUCCCCUUUUUCAUCCAUCACUCAAUCCAUCCAUCCGCUAACUUGUUAGUACGUUUAACCAUACCCAUAUUAUUUUAGCCAAUCAGCCACCAAAAAUGUUUUGUAUAAUUUAUUCUUCAGUGGAAUUUAUAACACUAUCGCCUCCAAAAAUUCUGAGUUCGAAAUCAACCGACUGUGGAAGUGCAAUAACAGUUGAGUGGAGUGCUCCACCCAUAACAGGGCCUGGAGUCAAUUCUAUCUUUGGUUAUGAACUUACACUUAGAUCAGCAAGCGGAAAGUCGAGAUGGAACUAUAGUGUCCCAAGGGAAGUAAUGUCACACACAUUUAUCGGACUUCAGAUAAACACAGUCUAUGAAUUCAAUAUCCGCGCUAAAUAUUCCGAUGGCUCAUCAUCAGCUAGUCAUUGGGCCAAAGAAGUUUUGAUAACUACAUCAGGUAAGCUAGGGAAUCACAUUUAAUUUUUUCACUUGGAUAUACAAAUGGUAAUGGUGAGUGGAAAGUCUAUUCUUUCGGUUGGUGGCUUAUUUUAGUUUAAAUAAAUCCACAAGAAACGAGAUUGGUCCACAUUUGGAGUGAAGAAUGUAAAGUUAUCAUACUGCAAAGAUAGUAGUAAGAUCAGUUAAAAUACGAGAAAAUUAUCAUUAGCAAUGAAAAUGAUGAUAAUGCAGUAACUGUGGUUUUUGCAUUCCAGGUGUUCCAGGUCCGUUUCUUGUAAACGCGGUUCCCUUUGGAUGCAGUGCUAAACUUUCGUGGAAUGCUUCCUUCUCCAACGGCUGCCCGAUAACACGAUAUACAAUUCACUACAGAGACAAAAGGAGUGGGUGGAAUAUGAUCAACUUGAAAAGGUCAAACGUGAGCGGGUAUCGUCUCUGGUUAAAUUGCAGCAAAAAUUACGAAAUCAUGGUUAUUGCCUGGAAUCAACAGGGACAUAACCAUUACAGUGAAAAGUCUCUGGAGUCCAUACGAACGGAACGUGGUAACGAUUCUGUGUUGUUGUUGUUUUUUUUAAUGUGUUUUGUUCUUAAGAUAAUGAUAUCCAAGAACCAUAAGUAUCACCAGAGCUUUUACGGAUCUCUAACGCAGUACGAAAUAUCAUUUUACUCUCCCAGGUUACUCCCAUCGUUUCAGCAGAUUUUCUGGUACACUUUUUAAUAUUUCUGCUUGGUGAGAGGCAAGAUUAAAUUGGCUUAUUCCAAGAAUACAAAGCACGCCCUUUAAAACGGACUUUUCAAUCCGAAGCCAUACUUGCGAGCCAUACAGCAAACUCACCGUUCUACUUAAAAGUGCCGUUAAUAACUGAUUUUACUAUCCCUUUGAAAAUGAUAUCAUGAGAGUUCGACGAAGGCAAAAAAAUUAACGUUUCUUAAAUACGUUUAUAGGAGUACCUUUUAAACCAUCGAUUACAAAAGUUGAACCAAAGGAAUGCGGGGAAGUGGAGGUAAGUUGGGGGCCAUCGUCUCUUGAUUCUGGCGGAGGUUCAGUGUCGGAUUUCCAAGUUCAGAUGAGAAAGCAAGGUGGUAACUGGCGUAACUGUAGUAACUUCCUGCCGAAUAACACAUGUUCAUUCCAUGGUUUGCUAAUCGAUAAGAAUGACACCCGCAUCGAUGUUCGCCUCAGAGCUGCUAAUAAGAAGGGAUUUAGUGAGUGGACGAACGAUACAGCUCCCAUUAGUUUCGGUAGGUGAUAAUUUCUCUCUUGGCAUAUGACAAAAACUGUAAAAACCUAACUGUCUUGUUCGUUUAUGUAAUGGCCGGAUGGACAGAAAGACGAAUGGAUGAAUGGAUGGAUGAAUAGAUGGACAUAUAGAUAGACAGAUAGUUAGAUAGAUACAUACAUACAUACAUACAUACAUACAUAAAUACAUACAUACAUACAUACAUACAUACAUACAUACAUACAUACAUACAUACAUACAUGCAUGCAUGCAUGCAUGCAUGCAUGCAUGCAUACAUGCAUACAUACAUACAUACAUACAUAAAUAGGCAAAUAGAUAGAUAGAUAGAUAGAUAGAUAGACGGAUAGAUAUAUAGAUUGAUAGAUAAAAUAAAUACAUAGAAAGACAGAUAGAUAGAUGGACAGAAGAUAGAUAGAUAGAUAUAUAGAUAGAUGGAAAGGUAGAUAAUAAAUAGAUAGAUGGAUAGAUAGAAAGAUAGACAGAUCGAUAGAUAGACAGAUAUAUCGAUAGACAAGUAGAUUGAAAGAUAGAUAGUCAGAUAGGUAGAUAUAUAGAUAGAUAGAUAGAUAGAUAGAUAGAUAGAUAAAUAGAAAGGUACAUAAAUAGAUAAAUGUAAAGGUACAUAAGUAAAUAGAGAGAUAAAUUAAUAGAUAAAGAAAUAGAAAGAUAGAUAGGCAGAGAGAUAGAUAGAUAGACAGAUAGAUAGAUGGAUAGAUAGAUAGGUAGAUAGAUAGACAUUUAGAUAGAUAGAUAGACAUAUAGAUCGAUAGAUAGACAUAUAGAUAGAUAGAUAGACAUAUAGAUAGAUAGAUAGACAGAUAGAUAGAUGGAAAGAUGGAUAGAUGGAUAGAUUGAUAGAUAGAUAGAUGGAUGGAUGAAAAAAGAUAGUUAGAUAGAUAGAUAGAUAGAUAAAAAGAUACAUAGAUAUAUAGAUAGAUAGAUAGAAAUGUAGAUAGAUAGAUAGAUAGAUGGAUAGAUAGAUAGAUAGAUGAAAAAAGAUAGUUAGAUAGACAGAUAGAUAUAUAGAUAAAAAGAUAGAUAGACAGAUAGAUAGAUAAAAAGAUAGAUAGAUAAAUACAUUCCUACAAACAUACGUACAUUCAUAUAGUAGUUGAAGAUAAGUUGAAAUAAGACCUGAAAAAAAUUCAGGCCCGUACGGUAUUUGAACUCAUGACCUCUGCGAUACUGCUGCAGCGCUCUACUGAGCUAACAAGCCAACUGGGAGCUGGUCAUUAAGUCGGGUCCUAAUAAACCAUCUAAGUGAUGAAUAAUGAUUGUAGAUAUAUGAAAAUCACAUAUGUGCACUGCGGUGAAGAAACGAAUAUAAGAGAUCCUCGCAGCUAUCAACACUACUGAACUAGUAAACUACCAGUUGGCUUGUUAGCUCAGUUGGUAGAGCGCUGCAAUGGUAUCGCAGAGGUUAUGGGUUCAAAUCCCGUACGGGCCUGAAUAUUUCUAGGUCUUAUUUCAACUACUAGUUAAGUUGUGUUUAUAGCUGCGAGGAUCUCUUAUAUUCGUGGUCAUAUGUUUACAGGCAAGUAUGUGCACCAAUAUGGCGGCCAAUUAAAAUGAGAUCACUAGACAGAAAACGAUCUAUACAUGAUACAAAACUUUAAUCAACCACCAUGCCUUUGAUCAAAAACAAGAGAUUAUGAAUUUGACGGAUAGACAGAUAGAUAGAUUGUUAGAUAAAUAAAUAGAGAGACAGAUAGAAAGAUAGAUAGAAAGAUAAAUAGAUAGAUAGAUAGAUAGAUAGAUAGAUCAAUAGAUAGAUAGAUAGAUAGAUAAAUAGAGAGACAGAUAGAAAGAUAGACAGAAAGAUAAAUAGAUAGAUCAAUAGAUAGAUAGAUAAAUAGACACAUAAAUACAGUCCUACAAACACACAUACGUACAUGCACAUGAAUAGAUAGAUAAUACAUCAUACAAAAUUUUAAUCAACCGCCAUGACUUUGAUCAAAAACAAGAGAUUAUAAAAUUGUCAAAAGUUAGAAUAUUUUGCAAUUUUCUUUUAAAACCGUAAGCUACAAAAUUAUAGUUAGGAUGCAAGGAUUCUUUUGAAGUAAUUUUCUGAUUGCUUAUAGGUCGACCUGACCCUCCGGAGAUUGAAUCCAAAGGUUCAAUAGUUCCUGGAAGGAAUGUAACUAUAACUUGGAGCGCCCCCGAAGAUAACAAUUGCUAUAUUUUCAUGUACUCCGUUCACUUCAGAGUAGUACAACCUCUUGUAAAGAGCUGGAGCCAAAUAAACAUCUCGGGGGUUACCAGCUAUCAACUGCAGCUUCAAUACAGCAAACAAUACGAAUUCAUCAUUGCGGCUUGGAACACGCUGGGACGAAGCGAAAAUAGCGCAGCCUGGAAAGUGAGAACAGCACAAGGUGAAGUAAACGUGUAAUUUUAUUGAAUACCAUUGUUAGAUUAUGAUCCCCUGGGUUUCAGCCCUGUAUGUUACUCAUUCAAUUUAAUACGCCACGCCAUUAAUGCUAUUAGCAGGUUAAUGACAAUAUCAAUACAUAGCUUAUACGAUAGCUAAAUUUUAGCAGUAAAGGUAAAAAUAGAUUUAAACUAGAUAGCUGCGAAUGAAAAAAUAGAUGGUAGUCACGUUGAAACCCACUAUAUAUUUUGGUUCAGGUUGCGGUUGGUAUCCAUUAAUGACGAGUUCGAGGUUUCCUUUGAAGUCCUUCUUGUUUACUCAACGCACCUCUUAGGCGUGGUUAAUUAGAUUAAGGACAGCAAUUCUAUGAAUUGAAGUGGAAAAGCUUAUUUCUUCCUUCAGAUGUUCCAUAUCAGCCAACCUUACAUCCUCUAAUUUUGGAAGAGUGUAACUCCAUCAACGUAACGUGGAGUCCACCAAUCCCUGGGGCAUUAGGAGAUCCAGUAAUCGGCUACUUAGCGCAGAUAACAAGGGCUGGUCCCAUAGAAGAUUGGAUUAAUUGCACAUCCUAUGCCAUCGCUAAGUCUAAUACAUGUCUGUUUGCACAUCUGGAGACUCAUACUAGGUAUAUAGUGAGAGUAAUUGCAGAAAAUAGACUUGGAUACAGUCUUCCAUCCGACAUUGUAGAGAUCUUCACAAAUCGAGCAGGUACAAUUCCUUCAAAAGCAGUAAACUUUAUCAGGCAUUUUUGUUUUUUCGUUUUUUGUUUUGUUUUUUUGUUUUGUUUUGUUCUUUUUGCUAUCCCUUGAAGGCAAGAAAGGAUGAGAGCAAUCCAAACCUCUUUUCUUUCGCCCAUCGGAAGGUCUUCCAACCUAGGUUUGAUUUUCGUCGUGAUCAUUCAGUAUACAUCUUAAGUCUAUAGUAACUCGAAACGGUAACGCAACAGUCGUUUAUAGGAAACUAACGUUAUGUUUUUUUAUACCUUUGCUCUGCUUCAUUCAAUUGAUAGACCGUCCUGGUUCACCUGAAAUAUUUGACCGGAAAGUAUCAGGAUGUAAUAUUACACUAGAGUGGACCUCACCAAAAUCCACUGGCUGCCCGAUACUCUUUUACACGAUCAGCUACAGGAAAAAAGGACUAAAUGAUGAUGGCACUUGGAUAAAUGUAAAUGUAACAGAUGAAGGAGCCAAGCAAACGGAACUUAUACUAAAUUGCUCCACGACGUAUGAGUUUCAGGCCAGGGCCUGGAAUGAACUAGGAAGUGGAGAACUGUCUUCCUUGCAGUCGGCAACAACAGACGGCUUAACCUCUCUGCAGGGAGGUAGAGAAUCCUAUUUAAGAGGUAUUGAAAACUCAUCAAUUUUAAAGUAAUUAACCAAUUUUAUUGAAAUUGAAACUCAUGGCCUCCUUUCGUCUAAAAUAAUAUUUGGUAAAGAUGAGUUUUUGCAAUCAAGAGCAUGAGUAUUGAAAGUGGAAAUUACAAGCUCUUACAUUGGCAGUUUUUUUAAGUUUUUUGUGCAAUCGCUUUGCUGAAUAACUUUGACUCUCCUGACAGCAGAAAUUUUUCACCAACCGAAAAUCUUGCCUUAGACAGCACGGUCGAGAUCAGCUCUACAAAAAGUUUCAAGCCAGCAAAGUUGAGUUCAGCUCUACGAAAAAGUUUCAAACCAGCACAGUUGAGAUCAGGUCCACAAAAAAUUUCAAACAUUAAAGUAAGAAAACAUUUUUCGCGUAGAGAAGAACAAGUUAAAUUAGUUAACUGCUGAGUGAGAAGCACCUCGUGAACUGGUUUUAAAGCUGUAUAGAAAGCAAAACGUUUACGAAAUUUUCGCAGGCUGCAAUCACAGUGAUGUCCUUUUCUUACAGAUUCUCCGCCUUUAGAACUGGUGAGCCUAAUCACACCGAUUGUUGCUGGUGUUGUUGUUUUGGUUGCCCUUAUACUGACCAUAAGAGUGUGGUACUAUUACAGGAAGAGGUCUUCAAAACAAGACAAAAGGUAUUUCUGGCCGCAUACUUUACUGUAAAUCAAGGUUAAAUAUUUAGUUUAUCCCUCCUGACCAAAAAGCUUGUUCAUUUUUAUCACCCGUCGUUAUUUCUCCAACCAGGAGAACAGUAUUUGACGUUAGUUCGAACUCCUAACAUGAGUCUGUUGGGCGAUACCUUUUAAUACACGUUUUGUCAUCGUUUUCAUUACUAUUUUAAUUAUCAUCAUUAUCAUCAUAACUAUUAUUAUCAUGAUUGCCAUCGUUGGUAUAAUCACUUUUUCCCAUGAUGAAUAUCACAAAACCAGCUUUUCCUUAUGAUUGAGGUUGAAGCAAAUGUUUUUAGACUCAGGAUUAUGGUGCAACUAAACUGAAAAAACUCAUUUUAUUUUGAUCAAGGACGGUCAAAGAUGUUCAUGUCUUGGAGCAGUGCGAAAUCCAUCCAUUAAGAACAGAAUUUGUCGAGGACCUAGGUGAGGGAGCAUUUGGGAAGGUUCAUAAGGCAACGCUCAAGAACGGAUUGGAUUACUUAAAAAACGGUGAUGACUUUAUUGGAAAGGCUAAGAGAGAAAUGAUUGUGGCCGUAAAAGAACUGCAUGGUGAGUAUGAAUAUGAUCCUCUACGAUGUCAUCAUCAGCAUUUUAUCCUUAUCAUCAUCUAUUAUUAUUCAGCAACAAAAAAUGGCAGGAGUGUCAAGGAUAUCAUGAAAUAACGUUAGUCCUUUGAUGUGGUCUAAAUAGUUUUCUUUUUGUCGCGCUAGUUAUCGGAAGCUUUUUCUCUCGGAUGUCUAUGUCGUGCUCUCCUAAACUCGAGUCCAGUAAAGAAUUUUUUUCGGCCAAAACAUUUCCGUGAUAUUAUAGCCAGAAGCAGAGGUGCAGUUUUAUUAAUUUGCUAAUAAUUACUUCGAUUCCAGCGGACAGUGGCAUUUGUUUCUAAGCUCUGUCCAAAUUUUUUUCCUUUUCAAUGAAUUUUUAAAGCAAAAUCAGGGAAACUCCGGCAUCGGUUUUUGGUUUCCAGAAUGCCUUUUAAUAAUAAAAAUUUCGAAGUGCUGACCGGAAAUAGCACUACAUGCUGCAAAAUCAUCAUAAAUGCAUAUAUCCUUUGUUAAAAAGAAAACGCUGGUGAAGAGCAGAGAAGGCAAUUCCUGGAUGAAAUAGACCUGAUGAAGCAAGUCGGUAAACAUCGGAAUGUUUUAAGCUUCCUCGGCUGUUGGACCACGACCGAACCUUUUUUCCUUGUUAUCGAGUACGUGGCUCACGGUGACUUGCUUCAUUGGCUUCGAGGCAAGCGGACUCAGGUAAUUUUCAUAAACAUUAUUUGGGUGACACAUGCUUAGUGUUAAGUCACCCUGUUUAAGGUCGCAUUAAUCAUGUACAAGUAAGUAUGCUCCUAGGAUUUUAAAUCUUAGUGGAAAGCCUACGCAUGAAAAAUUUAACUACAUUGAAAUAAUCCCAAUAACCUGGUGGUAUCUACAAUUAAUCAUAUACAAUUAUUGAAAAGCACGAAAAGUAAAAAAGAUCUUAGCGAGAAUCUACUGAGAUAGUUAAGGGAGUUGUAUAUUAACUUACUGUUGCUUUUCACUGGGACCAUUGACAGUAUCAUUUCAUGUCGACAACUGUCCCUUGCUUAGAUCAACGGCUUGGCUGACAGCACAGCAAAAGAAAACAAUCUUUACGGAGGAUCUAGGACUGCUCUGUUUGGCUCAUUUAUUGAUCAGGUAAACAGUAUUUGGAUUUUUGUUUAGAUUGCAACAGAAGAUUUGUUUCUUUUUUACUUGGUCUCGCGGUGGGAUUUGUAGCAGCAUCUCCCCAUGCUAACUUUUCCUCAAAAUAUUGUUUUAUAAGUAUCUACUUUGAUUUACGCAAGGCAUACCGAGGUGACAGUUAGAUCUGAAGCUUACAAACGUUCGCUAUGUUAAAUGCAGACCGACACUGAGAGUGACUGGAAGGGAGAAAUACCAGAACUCAAUCCAGAAGCUUUCUAUCCUAAUGAUGGCCCAGGUCAACCUGGAAUCGAUGAUUGUAAAAUACCACUAGUCGUUUUGCCAACUGUGGGAGAGGAGGCAGACGAAAGGCCCGGCAAGACAGAUGAAGAGUGUAGUACUGAUUGCGAGUCCUUCAUUCCAGCUGAUCUUCUGUCAUUUGCAUGGCAGAUAGCAGGAGGCAUGGUAAGGGAAACUGGUCUGCAAUAAAAAUGUUGAAAGAAUUGCGAUGCUAAGUAACCAGUAUGAAUAUCUCCCGGUAUUUUAAGUCUAAUUUCAUGUUUUGCAGCAAAUGGAAAUGCUUUUAAAUAGGGCAAAACCUAAAAAAAUUGUCUGACAAGGAUAAGGAAUAACACACGUAAAAAUGAGAACAAUAAAAAUAGAAGAGAUGGUGAUUCAGAAUAAGCAAAAUUUCAAUCUGAAAAUUUGACAUUGUACACCAAACGGUGACGUAUAUAUGCUCUCAGUUGCUUUAGUAGUUAAUUUGCAAUGGAGCAGUAGCGCACAACACCUUGCAGCCUUUCCCAGUUCUGUAGCAUGAAGCGGCUACAAUUUUAUUACUCCCCCAUGGAAGAGUUUGUUAGCUCCCCGCGUUUCGUCGGGUUAAACUCACAAUCUACCGGUACUCAUAGGUAAAGCUGAAUGGAAAGAGGCAUUUUGCGAGUAAAGUAUUUUGCCUAAAAACGUGGUGAACCUACCAGGUUGCGAGCUAGAAUGACCCAGCCAGGUUUUGAUACCGGCCCCUAGACCUUGAGUCCAGCACAAUAAGCAUUGGUUCACCGCGUCUUCCAUAAUUUAACAAAGAGGCAAAAUCUGUUUUUACAAAGUAUGGUCAUUGCAAGAGUUAAUACUAUUCAAUCCCGAUUGUUCAAAUUGUCUCAAAUCGAAGUCUUUUUGGUGAAGAUUACUCCCUUCCUCAUACACCUGAUGGCAAAUUGUGAUUGUUCUUUUAUUCAAUUGUUUUGAUUCUUUAGACUUAUCUUUCCGAGAAAGGCCUCGUUCAUAGAGAUCUUGCGGCAAGGAAUGUCCUUGUCGGGCACGGUAAAAAGCUCAAGAUUGCAGACUUUGGUUUGAUGCGAGAAGUGUAUCAUGAGGUAUAUGAGGUGCAGAAGCAGAAGAAACUGCCAGUUAAAUGGAUGGCACCUGAGUCACUUUACGAACAGAUAUUUACUUCAAAAAGCGAUGUGUUAGUAACUUUUCAUUUUUUUCGUAACAGGUGCAGUAUCCAACCAGAAUUUAAAAAAAUUGAGGGACUCACUAAAAAUUACCAUUUUCCCUGUGGUAAUAAUUUUUUAAAAAGCACAUUCAAAUAAUUUUCGAAUACCUCAUGAAUUUGUCUCAAAAGGAGAAGACGUAACUGAUAUUUACCCUAAAGAAUAUAUAUUUCUUUAUUUCCCCUCCAAAUCAUUCCUAACAAAUUCCCAAAAAGUGGCACAGAUAGAUCAAGACUUCAGUAAAAAGCUGAUGUAAACGGAAGGUAUUAACAAAUAUAAUUUUCUAUGCAAAGAGAGAAACAAAAAGUGGUAAUUGACUGGAUUGGUAAUCACAACCAUUAAGAUUUUCUCAAAUGUGACUGGUGCAUUAGCUGCCUUCACUCAUUAUUCUGAAGCGUUUUAAUCGGACAGUUGGCUGUGAUUGGACACCUAUAAUCGGACAGUUGGCUCUGAUUGGACACCUAUAAUCGGACAGUUGGCUGUGAUUGGACACCUAUAAUCGGACAGUUGGCUGUGAUUGGACACCUGUAAUCGAACAGUUAAGAAGCCAAUUAUAUUGAUUCCACUUAGUUAAAUCCACCCGUUACAGAAUUUAUCACAAUAACCAUAUCAACAACCACAUACCCCACAGUACUGGGAAUUUCCAAAAUGGGGAAUUUUUUUUUAAUUUAGAUAAUUAGUAUUGUAAACCCACUCCAAAUAAAUGUUUUUUUUUUUUUGGAAAUUGUAAUGGUAACAAUACUUCGCGUCGUCCGAUUCGGUUUAUAAUCAUACUCAUAUGAUUGCAGACCAAAUUGGAUUCCUGUCAGUCCUAUUAAGAGUACGAAUAUAAAAGUUAGCAUACAGUAUCAGUAUCAACAGAAUGCACUAUAAUUCUUUUCAGCUGGUCGUAUGGAGUUGUUCUGUGGGAAAUUGCAACUGUUGGUAAUUAUAUCAAAAUAACUUUAUCUGUCAAAAAAAUCCAAGUUUCAUUUAUCCAUCUGUAGGCCCCAUGAUCCCUAUAUACCUGCAUUGAUAUUUCUUAUAGUAUCACUGCGAUUUCCUUUGGUUUUUUAGUUUACACUCCCAUCAAUGUUAAAUUCAGAAAGUAAUGUAUCACCGAGUUGGAGAUGGUCAUAAACGUUGUGUGUACUCAAAACCCCCUUACGGCAUAAGAAGUCAUUCGUUUAGCCAGGUUUCACCAUGUAUAUACUAAUUCUUUUAAUUGUACUUAACUUGUUUUUAAGGAGGCUCACCUUAUCCACUCUUGACAAAUAAAGAGCUCAUGAGAUUGAUACAGACUGGUUACCGGAUGGAGAAACCUGAAUUGUGUUCAGAUCAUGUGUACGUAGCUUGCCGGCAUUAAACUCAGUUUCGAACAUUAAUAAGAUAAGUGACUAUGAAAACAGAAGUAUAUCCCCUAUUCACGAGCAAAGCUGAUACCAUUUGAUUUUUUUCAUUUUAUUUGAUUGUUUGCAACUAUACAACCAUUGUCAAUUGAAGAAUAACUUCGCUGAUUAACGUUGUGUGUUUUUCCCAUUUCACCGACGAGUUCUCGCAAUUCCAGUACAAAGAAUGAUAAUAGCGUUUUUGACUAAGAAGACUAAAUUUUUUAACCUUUGGAUAGCUUUUUUAUUUAUAAGAAAAGAGGUUUCUUGUACAUAGCAAGAGUUUUAUUGUUAAAUAUUAUUUGUGCAAGAUGCACAAUACUUCAUCAGAAGAAACUGAAAGUCGUCAGUUUGAUUAAAUGGCUUUCGUUUGUCGUUGACCCCUAUAACAAGUAAUCCUCAUUUCUUUACUCUUUUCAGUUAUUCUUUGAUGUUAGACUGUUGGAAACAAGAUUUAAAUGAAAGGCCGAGUUUCCAGGAGCUGGUUGGAAGACUGGAAAGACUGAUGCAUCAGGAAGUUGAAUACUUUGAUUUUGACAAAGUUGACGAGUCGAAAGACUAUUAUCUUGUGCAAGAUGUCAAGACGAAUGAAGAUGACGUGGAUGGAGUUGACGAGUUAUAAAAUUAACAACAUGAAUAAUGCCUUCAAAAUAGUUCUUGGAUUUAUGUGUCCAUUUUAUAACCUAACUUAACAAAAUGAUAUUGUAAGCAAUCUUAAGUACUCGUAUCUACAGCAGGUUUUGAAAAGAAGGAGGAUGAUAAACUUUUUACUUCCGUCUGAGAAUGUCAGAAACUAUUGUCCAAAAGGAACUAAAACAACCAAUAUAUGCUUAGACGACAAGGUUUCCGAAAAGCCUUGAUUGUGAUAUCAAUAAGUUAGUAUAAGUGCACAAUCCCCUGGUUUUCCUGACUAACUGGACACUAUACUGAAACUUAAAUACGUUAAUUAGAAAUUUAGCAUUCAAAAUGCGACACAAAUUGAUUAAUAAAAAAUUACUUAAACAGUUCAGCUAGCUUGAGUUAUCAUGAGGUUUCAAUUUCCUUGACCAUAAAGCCUCAACAUUUUCAAACAAAAUUGAUCGCAAGACAGCUAAUUGGACAUACUUGACUAAAUACCUGAGUAGUUUCAUUUCGAUUUCGAGUCAAACAAACGAAAGUUUCAAAGGAAACUCGGCCUGCUUUGCUUCCCCGACCACUUUUGCUCAAACGCCCAUUCUGGUGAUAUAUAGAAUAAACGUUCCUAUAAGAAUUUUGAGGUUAUUGCUUUGUAAAAUACCCAUGUAUCCAAAUACACUUAAAUCUCAGGCCUUCCGCGUUAAGGGAAAGUUCCCUAGGCCCCCUCUUUGAAAAAAAAAAUGAAUUAUAUGCGGAGACAAUUAAGCAGACGAUGAAUACUUAUCCAUCUAGUAUAUCAUUAGAUAGAUAUAUAGUUUUAUUAAAAUUACCCUUGCAACCCGAGGGCUGAAUUACGAUAAUCUUUAUGUAAAACGUAAUUUAAUUAUUAACUAUAAAUUAUAUAAUGAUAAGUUAAGAAAGUUAACAGUAAUAAAGCUUAUCAUUAUGUAACACUAAAUUAAUUAAGAUACAACUAAAAUUAUUCGAAAUCAGAUCAAUUAAUAUAUAUGAGUUGUACAAGGACGUGCUAUCGGCAAUGGCUUACAAUAAAAAAAAACGCGGGACUCGGAACUUGCGAUUUUUUCGUGUUCGCAAGGUGCCAAGGUAAGGUGGCGGAAGUAGUGAAUAAAGCUUGUGAUUGUUGUUAUUACUUAUCUCUUGAAACAUUGAGUUACCAAUCACCUCUCUCCUAUUAUGCAAGGUAGGUAUGUUAAAAACUUCUAAAGCCUGUCUAUAGGAUAAAUCAUUAGUGCUUAUUGGCGUUCUAACUGAUCGGAGAUACUGCGGUAGAGCGGUAUGAAAGACUGGACAUGCAUACUCUGCAACUGGGCGUAUGCAAGUGGUGUAGAAACUUAGAAGGUCAUUAGCUGGGACUUUCGCGCGCUUUAAUUGCCUAAGAAAGUAGUGACGCGCUGCGACUUUCUUACAUAUUAUUUCUACGUGCACAUUCCGCAAACAAACAAAGGCCACAGUUGGAAUACCGUGUUUCGAUAAAUGACCAACACCUCUCUAAAUACUCUAAAAAAGCAGAGUCAUUAGCACUUGGUGGGUGAUAGAACGCUCCAAGAAGAAUAGAGCUGUAUCCCCUUGGGAGACGAGUAGGACUAAUUUGAAUCCAUAACUGUCCCAAUCACAAUUAGUAUGAAAAGAGCUAACGCCUUAAAUGUUACACUUUAAGAUCCAAAUUAUGAAUUAUUCCUUUUAAAAGUUUAGCAAUGACAAUACUUGUGAGAAUGUUGGGCUUUUUCUAAAGUGCUGAAACGUACCUCUUUGCUUUUCUUGGCUCGUAAUUACAAAUGCUGUCUCUCAAACAAAACGGGUCAUCAAAUUCCAAUCGUGUACCUCUCCCUAUUUAGAUUGAUUCCGUAUUUCAAAGAGCUUUCAUUCGCCCAACAUUUCCAUAUGUCCACUGUCAAGCCGGCUGUGCAUGACAACAUAAGGGUUUCUCUCGUCACCCAUUCGAAUGACAUGACCAGCCCAGCGGAGCUGUGAUUGCUUUAGGAACCUCUUAGUCCCUCGGAUUUUACACUUGUCGAAAAAGGACCACAUUUGAUAUCCAGCCCUCAUUAGUGUUACCGUAAAUUUUCCGAGACAACCUGUUGUGAAAGACAUCUAAUUGGUUGAUAUGAGAUCUAUGUGGAGUCUACGAUUCAGAGCCAUACAAGAGGGUAAUUAAAACGACUACGUUACAAAACACCCUUGUUUUCAUACCAAGCUUCAUGGUCGUCAUGCUAAUUAAUGCUGAUUUGUAAAGGAUAAAUGUAAUAAAUCUUGUAGAAUUUUCUAGACUCUUGCUCUCGAUAAGCUUUCAGAAAAGCUGUGUGUACGAAAGCGAUCAUGAGCUCAUAUUUAUUUUUGAACUGAAUAAGACUAAAGCAAGCCCAUCUAUAUAAAUUUUGAUCUUACCUUUUCGGGAAAGUAGAGCUGUCAAUAGUACGAGAUCAAGAUAGGUUUUUAGCCGGAACUUUUCAGUAUAACGAGCUACCUAUUUAAAUAUUUCUGUAGAAGUCGUGGCCCUAUUUUGCUUAUUUCUUUUCUCUUUUAAUUAAAUGUUUACCUAAGAGUAAAUUUCAAAUUCCGAUUGAACUAUAUACAUGUAGCUUGACAACAGCUUUGAAACAUCUGCUUUUCGAUAUGGAUGUAGACAAUGUGACGCCAUUUCUUCUUUCACCCUCUAUGGAUCAUCUGUGGUUGUAACAUCACUCAUCUUCGUCGUGGAUGUAUUUUAAAGAAAAUUUGCCACAUAUGCAUUGGCAUGAAUGUAUCAUUUCUUUGCGUUUUCUUGGUCACAAGUUAAGACUUAAAUUUUGUUAGGAUUGCAUGACUUUUUCAACUUUACCGCAAACACGUGAUUAAUCUUUCGCUGAAAAAGCGUAGCACUUAUUUAACUUGAAAACAGGUUCUAAUUUUUAACAUCAAGGACACUGGUUAGAAAACUGGUAAAACAAGCAACUAUUAUUUUGAAAGUGGAAAUGAAGAUCUAAACAAUAAAAAUGGAAAAAAAAAAUCAUGGGGAUCAAUGUCGUUUUACAAUUUAUUAUCGGUUUCGACAAGCAAGAAAGAUGAGAUGAGAAAAACGAAGUUGUUGAAAAAUGCAAAAUACGAUAUUCCCUUGCUUAAAACACAGAAUAGGUAAUGCAGGUAAUGGACAUUUAAUUAAUAUCAAUAGGUGAUCAAAACUGUUUUUGUUGACGAUUGUACUACUAUAGAUCCUCCAAUCGAGAAAUAUUUCAUACUCGGUAAUUGACAGAGUAUAAAAUAUCACCUGCUUAUUUUAAUUGAACUUGUGUUCCUGUGUUUUUCAAUAAUUGAACGUAAGGUGCUGAAUGAUAUAUCUCAGUUUAGGCGAGGGCAAAAUCGACGCCCUCAAACGCAUAGAAGUAUCGUGGGAAUCUCGCAGUCUGUGAUCUAUUCCUAACAAUAUCGGAUAGACCUGGUUCAACUGAACAUCACGGUGAGAAAUUUGACUAUAUAUGUAGAGUUUGUGCAUUACGGUCACCAAAACAGGAACCUGCCAAACCGAACUGAAAUCCAUUUCUUGGGAUAAGGGUGAAUGAAAAAAAAAAAAAAAAAAAAAAAAUACCAUCCGUCAACAAUGAAUUGAAUUUAUUCACGUUACUGAAUAGAGGACUGAAAGCAAGGGGAAAGACUUUUGUUUCCAAUUAUCUCUUUAUUUACUUUAAGCUACCAAACUCAAGCUUUAUUCGGCAAAAGGGCAACUUGAUUUUCCGGUCGUUUUUUCGAUAAAGAGAGCCGUAAUUGAAAGGAAAAGUUCUUAUUGUCUGAGGAAACAGUGUACCCUCGAGUACCUAAACUAAAUAAAAGCAUAUGCAAAGAGUGUAAACACCUUACCAUUUCCUAAGAAUUUGACCCCGACAGCUUUCAAACAGCGCCGAUAUUGUGAAUAUGACAGCGAUCUUCGCAGUAAUGAACACUAAUUGAGCAGUAGUGAAAAUGAGGCCUAAGAAAGAAAGAAAAAAAAAAAAAAAAAGAGGCCUGCAAUAGAACGAAUUUUUUUUUUAUCUUUUUUCUCAGGCCUUAUUGUUACUACUGCUCAAGUAGUGUUCAUUACUGCAAAGAUCGCUUUCUUAUUCAUCUCCUAUCCGCAGUUCACAUAUAUUAUCUUCAUCAAUUUGCAGUCAGCGCCGAUAUUGUCAGGUUUACAUUUAUAAAUUGCGACUUUACUUUCGUAGAAUAAAACAUACAAUGAUGUUAUUCCAUCAUAAAUCUAUCGUUCCUCCAGGAAUAAAACUGAUUUAAAACCCUGGUAGAAUGAUAAAAAGGCAUAUUGAAAAAUUCUAUAUCGCAGCAAUUUAGAUGUAAUUAAUAAUUAAUCAUGUAAUACCUGUUUUGUUCUCAUUAAGAGGCAGAAUUAUGGAAACGUAAGAAACGUUUCUCUGGUUAAAAAUCGUUUAUCGUCCAAGAAAACUCAGAAAAAAAUGACAAAUUCAGCCCACUAAACUGGAAAUUUAAGAAAAACUACAAGGGCAUAUUUGACAACGAAAAAAGACUGAUCUUCCUGAGCAACCACGACAUGCAACCCUUUUUCUAAAGGAAAUAAAGGGAAUGAAGUGCUGAUAUUCAAGUUCCUUUCUUAAUGAAAAUUUUAUUCCUUUCUUCAGUUUUGCAGGAUGAAAUACUCGAGAUUGAAGGCUUUUGAAUCUCUUCAGAGAUGCGUGUUUUCUUUCUUUCUUUCAGAUCCUAUUCGAAUUUAUCGCUUCAAGUAAAGGUGACAACGAUGGAACUUUGUCAAAUCCCCCUCGCUUUUUAUUUUCUUUUUCUUUGUGUAGCUCAACAAGCUGUAGUAGCGGGUAUGUAAAGACAUUUGUGUAUGAGGGUGUAUGGUCGGACCUACCUGUACCUUUAUCACAGUUUAUUUGGUAUUUGAUGAUCACUUACGAAAAGCAAAAUUUCUGUGGAUAAUCAAACGCAGGAAUCACAGUACUAAUGAUUUCCUUGUGUUUCUCCUUAGGCUGAGAAAGAUCACGAGGGAAACUUCCCUCCCAAAACGUUAUAUCAACCUAAUUACUUUGCUUGAGCUCGCUGAAAAUGCUCUAUAUUCGUUUUUUUUUUCUCUAUGUUUUCCCUUUAGGAACACCCCCUCCCCCCCCCGCCUUCUUUUUAAGAAACAUCAGAAUUUCAGGUAUUGCGAAUUAUUUACCAGAAAAUCUGAUUGAAACAAAAAAUUGUGAUGAACACCCAAGUUUAGUUUUUGGUUUUCAUUUUCAGCGCAAAGACAAAAUAUACUCACAGUUUCCAGUUUAGACGCAGUGUAUUUUGUUUUGCGUCUUUCCUUCUGGGUCAGGAAAAACCACGAAAACUUUGAGCGUACUUUAUGAUUACAUGUAAUGCAUAUGUUUCAUUUUCAGCCGUUUAAUUUAUCUUUUCAAAAAUUUUUACAGUUGAUAGCCAGUGCGAGAGUGGGCCUGACGUAGCAUUCAUUUUGGAUGCAAGUGGAAGUGUAGGACCUUACUAUAAGGACAUCCAAAGAUUUGUCGAGGCAGUUACUCGGAAAAUCCUUAUGAAAUGCACCAAGCUUGAUGCUGCGAUAGUUUUAUUCGGUGAAAGGGCCACUGUGGAAAAACACUUUUCCCAGAAAUUCAGUUUAUCUGAGUUUCGUUCUAGAUUAUAUGGUGCUGCGCCUCUACCUUUCUCAAGAACAAUGACACACGAAGGUUUAAGAGUGACGUCAGAAGAGGUGUUUCCAUUUUCUCGAAAGAACGCUUCGAAGAUUGCAAUCUUAAUUACUGAUGGGAUGCAAACGCCACCUUACAGUCCAUUUGAGGCCGCGCGGAAACUAAAGGAGCAAGGAGUUCGCCUUUUUGCUGUCGGCAUAGGUUCUUCUUUAAAGCGCUAUAUGGCACGAUUCGCCGAGAGAGGAGAAGACGUGAUUGUUAUGGUAGACUUUUAUCAACUUGUCAAAGUUCCGUCUGAAAACAACUUGGUCAGGAAGGUUAUCGCGGCUGUUGGUAUGACUAUUCAACUAUUACUAAUGUUCAUCACACAUAACAAGAAGCGUUAAAUUUAAAGGAAAACUAAAAAGAACUAAGAGAGCUAAAAACAGUCGUUGAGACGUCCAGCUCAAUAAACUAAAAUCGUGCUUGGUAUUCACAUGCAACCAGCACAAAAUGCCUGUUAGAUUUAAAUACGCACACAUCACCGAUAUUCAAAAUGCUUGACUGCAUCCUUGGGGUAUAUGCGUCAGGUUCUUAUUCCGUGAAAAAGUGGCUAUGACAGUUCAGAAGCUUUGUCGAAAGUUCAUUGAUUGGUCUGGUUUAGUGUGGAUGGAAAGUCUAAAUUGUUGAGAUAAGGCUCCGUUUUCAAUUUUUCCCUCCAUAUUGAAACUUAUAGACAGUAAAUUCAAGUUUAUUGCAGAAACUCCGUUUCAAGCAGAGAAUUACAAUGUAACGUGUAUGAAGCAACACAGUAUGAAGCGGUCACACUGUUUUAGGCGGUCGGUUUUCAACGUCGCGGGAUUUUUGCCUCUUAGUCAUUGUAACUUCACUUCUUUUAAGCCGUUGUGUUCCACAUUUACAGGGUCCUCACCCUUAAUGAACGGUCACUUAAAGCUGGACCACUCAUUUAAAACUAAGAAUAAUAAUUCAAGGAAAAUUUAAUCCAUACUUAUCAUCCGAAAUCAAUGAUGGUAGUAUUUUUGAGGGAGUUUUUGUGUCACAAUGGCCAAUUAUGGCACAGCGUUUCUCCAAAAUACUCCCAUUUUGUGGAACCUGUAUUAAGCGGUCAACACGCCAUUCUCCGUGGGUGACUGCUUAAUACGAGUGUUACUGUAUAUAUAUUGAUUUGGACCGCGGAGGGCCCAAUUACUGAAAGGUCGUUGUGCUGAUAGAUUUCUCUUGGCAAAGCGUUGGAAAGGAUCUGGGUCUCCAAUGGGCAAUGCUCGCAAGAAAAAGUAGUCUCGUCAUCAACAACGACAAUAGUUGUUGCCUUGAGGACAAAUUUGAUAGCAAAUUUUAUUUGUCUACUAAACAGAUAAUCCAUCAAUACGUAUGGCCGAGGAUUCUGUGCAGCUUUUUGCUGGAAGAAAGGCUGUCAUAUUCUGCAACGUGACCGGUUGGCCUCUUCCAACAGUAAAGUGGCUCAUGAACGGAAUGGAACUUAAAGAUGGUGAUCUCAACAUUUCAGUAUCCCUCAAAGAAGGAAAAAAUGCUGAAAGCAUCAAUUCAUCAUUGCAAUUUUCUGAAGUCGAUAUACGUCAUGCUGGGUUCUUCAGCUGUGAAGCCAAAAACAAGUACCUCACAAGGAGGCGCAAUAUUCAAGUGUCGGUCACCUGUGAGGGAGCUUUGGUCGUCAUUUUUUUGUCUCGUCACUCACUUAUCUGAUAGACAAAUAAAUGAAUCAGUAAUCAAGUUAUCUCAAAUGAAAAUUGGCAAAGUAACAGACGGCUGUCAGUUUUCCAAAUUCCCCCACUAUGACUUUUUGCAAUUUGAAGUUACCAAUUUUGGGCAACUUACCUUUCUCGUUUCCGAUUUUUUUUACUAGCAUUUAGCGAUUACUGUCAUCAUCGUUAUCACUGUAAUCAUUGCCCUUAGCUUUACUACUUUCUAAUGUUGCUGGCACCCAGGUUCGAGAUCGCAAAAAAGGGGCAAUAUUUCAAUUCUAGAGGGAGAGCUGUUCAUCAUGUUUUGAUAAACGUGUCUUUUUUUCUCUCUUGCAGGUCCACCAACCGUUACUGAGCUCACUGUUAGAGAUCGUCAAGUUAAAUCAGGCUUGUCAAAUGCUACAUUAAGAUGUCAUGCAAACGGCGUUGAUUAUAACAAGUUGCUUUUCUACCGCUGGCAGUGGAGAUUUCAGGGCCAUACAAUACGAAAAAAUGACAAGUACAGCAUGUCUGAUGACAUUCGUCCCCCCAACUUUUGCCACCAUUCGAAAGGCUCUACAAUCCUUCGUAUUACAAACACUUCUAAAGAAAAUUUGGGUCAAUACGUUUGUGAAUUGCUAAUGGCUAAUAUCUCAGUCGCAAUAAAGGACAUUUUAUUAGGUAAGAAAUACAUUUCUAUGCUAUCAUUGUCUCAGCAUUAAACGGUAUGGCGCUGACCAAUAAUCCUCUAAAACUCCUCUCGAUGUUUUAAAGGUUCAUUUCGAAAAUCCAUAUUCAACUCAAAAUUUCAGUUUUUAAUUAAUAUUCCAAAUUUUCAUUUCCCUCCAUAUCUCGUACAUGACUCAAAAGCUUCUGAAACAGAAUCUAAACUUCAACUCAAGUAAUGUCUGGAAAGGUUCUCCUGUAGGAAAAAAUAAACAUAACUGAAAUGUAUUCUCUGUUCAUCCUUUCUCUCCUUUUUCUUCCAUAAGUCCCUCCAUCAUCCAUUCAUUAAUCCAUUCAUUGAUUUCUUAAUCCGUUCAUCCGUUCAUCUGUUCAUUCAACGCCCAUUGUUUAAGACAAUCAGCCAAGCAACCUCCUUUGAAAAAUUUAUUUUCCAGUGGAUUUCACCACGCCAUCACCUCCAAAAAUUCUGAAAUGGGAAUCAACCGAUUGUGGAAGUGCCAUAAGAGUGGGGUGGAGCGCACCACCAACAGAGCCUAAAGCCAAUGUGAUCUUUGGCUAUGAAUUUACAUUGAGAUCCACAAAUGAAAGAUCGAGGUGGAACGCUAAUGUCCCAAGGGAAAUAGUCUCACACAAAUUUGUCGGACUUCAAAUGAACACAGACUAUGAAUUCAAUAUCCGAGCUAAAUAUUCCAACAGCUCAUCAUCAGUUAGUCCUUGGACAAAAGUAUUGUUGAAAACUACCUCAGGUAAGCGAGGGAAUUACAUAUAAUUGGUUAACUUGGAAUCAAAAAUAUAAUGGAUCCAACCGAUCCGUCUUACGUAAAACAAGAGAACGCAAAUAUCUUGCGAUACUUGGUACCGUUCAUAACGUUAUUCACGCUGCCCUCUUUUGCUCAAUUUAGUAUAAAAGAACUAACAUGAAAAAAAAGCUGAUGCACUUGCGGAUUGUAAUAUCAUCAGUGCUGCAAAGAUUGAAAGAUAUCCAAGAAGAUCAGUAUUUUCAAAAAGAUUAAACUGCAGCGUUUUUUCAGACCAUUGGAUGUUGAGCUGCUGUAAUUUGAAAGUAAAAAAUGGAUGCCUCUAAUAUGGUGCUAAUUCACAAAGUAAACUCUUGUGAUAACACCUUUUGGAGCUAUAAUUAAGCAUUUGCUUGAUUCCGAUUACAGGGAAACGAAAGGUAAAUGGGGUAUAGUUUAAGCUUCAUACGAUUGGUGUUGAGAAGUAAAAAAAAUAGUUGGAUAGGAUUCCUUUAUUUCCUUCAUUCCGACCUGAACAAAGGAAUUUGUAUUUUUACUUCCAUGUCAUGAAGUAUUAAUUAAAGUUGAAAUAUUGAUUAAAAUUCCUUGAAGUAUCAUUACUGGACUAUUGAAAUGAUUAUUAGACAUAGUUAAUGUCGUUUUUGCAUUGCAGAUAUUCCAGGUGUAUUUGAUAUAAAGGCAGUUCCCUAUGGAUGCAGUGCUAAACUCUCGUGGAAUGCUCCCUCUCCCAACGGCUGCCCGAUAUCACGGUAUACGAUUCACUACAGAGACGAGACGAGUGGGUGGAAUACGAUCAAUUUGAAAUGGUCAAACGUAAACGAUUAUCGUCUCUGGUUAAAUUGCAGCAAAAAUUACCACAUAAUGGUCUUUGCUUGGAAUCAACGGGGACAUAGCCACUACACCGAGAAGUCUGUGCUGUCCUUACGAACGGAAAAUGGUAAUGGGUCUGUGAGUUUUCGAUCUAUAUAACUAUAGUUGCUGCUUAACACAAGCAAUAUACCCAACAAGAGCUUAUCCAGGUCCCCAACACAGUAUGCGACCUAGAGUGUUUCUACCGUUUCUCCAGUUACUCCCAACAUUUCAAGUACGGUAGUUCUCUGGUACCCUUGUACGCCCUAUACACACUCCUUAGUGAAGAGGAGCAAGAGUAAAAUGUCUUUCCCGAGGACGAGGUACGACCUUGAAUGUGAACCACGCGAUCUGGGGUCAUACGAAGAAGUCAGGGAAAACUAACCAUUUUAGUUUAAAGUAUUAAUUAAUGAUUUUAUUUCCCCAUUCAGAAUAGGAAAAUGUAGAUCUACUGAAAGUAUUUUCUUGAUUGCGUUUACAGGGGUGCCUUUCAUACCAUCGAUUACAAAAAUUGAACGGAAGCAAUGUGGUAUAAUGGAGGUUUCUUGGAAGGCAUCGUCGUCUGAAUCCGGUGGAGGUUCAGUGACGGAGUUCCAGGUCCAGAUGGAACAAAGUGGUGAUUGGCGCAACUGCAGUCGGUUCCUUCCAAAUAAUACAUGUUCCUUCCAUGGUUUACUCAUUGACAAGAGUGGCCCUCUCAUGAAUGUUCGCGUUAGAGCUUUCAACCGGAAGGGUUUCAGUGAUUGGACGAACACUUCAAUCCCAUUAAACCACGCAGGUAAGUGAUAUAAUGGAUGAAAGGAUGCAUGAAUGCUUGAUGGGAUGGAUGGACAGAUGAAUGGAUAAAUGUGCGUAGAAGGGUAGAUGGCUAGCUAGAUGAAUGAAUGGAGGUAUGGAUGAAUGGAUUGAUGGAUAAGUGGAGGGAUGGAUGGAUGGAUGGAUGGAUGGAUAGAUGGAUGGAUAGAUGGAUGGAUAGAUGGAUGGGUGGAUAGAUGGAUGGUCGGAAGGAUGAAUGAAUGAAUACAUUUAUGGACGGGUGGAGCGGUGGUGAAUGGACGGAUACAUACAUGUAUGACUGAAGGGAAAGAUAGAUGGAUGGAUUGACGGAUGGGUGUAUUGAUGGAUGGAUGGAUCGAUGGAUGGAUAGAUCGAUCGAUGGAUGGAUGGAUUGAUGGAUUGGUAAGUUGAUGGAUUGGUGGAUUGAUGGAUGGAUUGAUGGAUGGAUGGAUGGAUUGAUGGAUGGAUGGACUGAUGGAUGGAUUGUUGGAUUGAUGGAUUGAUAGAUUGAUGGAUGAAUGGAUUGAUUGAUGGAUGGAUGGAUGUAUAAAUGGAUGAGUGGAGGGAAAGAUGGAUGGAUGGAUGAAUGAAUAGAAAAAUAUAUAUAUAGGAAAGAUUGAUGGAUUAGUGGAUAAAUGGCGAAUGGAGGGAUGGAUGGCUGGAUGGAUGUGUGCAUAGAUCUAUGGAUGCUUAUGACGUCAUUCGGAUUGUGAUACCCAUCUGGCUAUCACAUUUAGAUGUCCAUUUCUUUCGUUGCCCAAAUCUACACAACGUCUGUCUCCAUUUUAGAUCGACCUGAUCCUCCAGAGAUUAAAUCGAAUGUUUCAUCGGUCUCGGACAGAAAUGUAACUGUAACUUGGAGACGCCCCAAACAGUACAAUUGCAAUAUUACUAUGUACUCCAUUCACUUCAGAGUAAUAGGACCACUUAUGGAAAGCUGGAGUGAAAUAAACAUUUCGGGAGUUACAAGUUAUCAACUGCUGCUUCAAUACAGCAAACAGUACGAAUUCAUUAUUGCCGCUUGGAACAAGCUGGGACGAAGUGAAAACAGCAUAGCCUGGAAAGUGAGAACAGCUCAAGGUAAGUCAGUCUUAUAAUUUUAUCAACUAUCAUUGAUAGUUUUCGCUCCCUUUGUUUUUUUAAGACUAACUCUUAAUCAUACAUUCUAUUAAAAGGAAUCAUUCAUGUGAAAAUCAGGUUGACAAUGAAUUUUUUUCUUGAUUAUACCAAAAAAUCUUCAGAUUUAAAUUUGUGGUGCAGUUGGCAUCCACUUUACUGAAGUUGAGGUUGAACUUUCGUCGGAUGUCCUUCUUGUAUGUUCAACAGUCGUUGUAAGCAUGUUUAACUCGGGUAAAGAUGGAAAUUAAAGAUUUAAAGCGGAACAACCGAUUUCUUUUGCCAGAUGUUCCAUACAAACCGACCUUACAUCCUCUAAUUUCGGGACAGUGUAACUCCAUCAACGUAACGUGGAAUCCACCAAUACCUGGGGCAUUAGGAGACCCUGUGAUCGGCUACGUUGCACAGAUAGCAGUGGCUGAUCCCAAAGGAGAAUGGAUUAACUGCAGUUUAUAUGGAACAAACAGACCAAGAACAUGUCUAUUUACACAUUUGGAGAAAUAUACUAAGUAUCGUGUCAGAGUGUUUGCAAAAAAUAAACUUGGAUACAGUUUGCCAUCCAUCGCCAAGGAAAUAUCCACUAAACAAGCAGGUACAAUUUCUCUAGCUAGUGAAAGUUUUAUGCAGGUUUUAUUUUUUUUCAAUACCAUCCAGCAGAACUGUAGAGCAAUGAUUACUUAGUUCCAUAGUAUUCUAUGUUAUUCCUUGAAGGCAAGAAAGCGGGCAGGCUAUCCAAACCUCUUUUCUUUCGCCCAUCGCAAGGUCUUGCAAUGUAGAGUUGAUUUUCGUUAUGAUAAUUUAUGAUACAUCUUAAUUAAGUCCAUCUUAACUAAAAAAAGGCAACGCAAUAGUCGUGUCAAGGACAGUAACGUUAUGGCUUUAGACCAAACUUUAUGGUUUUAUACUCUUUCUUUACUUUACGAAAUUUAUAGACCGUCCUGGUUCACCUGAAAUAGUCGAACGGAAAGUUUCAGGAUGUAAUGUCACACUAGAGUGGACCUCACCAAAAUCCACUGGAUGCCCGAUACUCUUUUACACACUCAGCUACAGGAAAAAAGGACUUGAUGAUGACAAUACUUGGACAUAUGUUAAUGUAACAGAUAAGGGAGCCAAGCAAACGGAACUUAUACUGAAUUGCUCCACGACGUAUGAAUUUCAGGCUAGGGCCUGGAAUGAGCUAGGAGGUGGAGACCUGUCUUCUUUGCAGUCGGCAACAACAAACGACUUAACAACCUCUCAGCAGGAAGCUAGAGAAUCCCAUUUAACAGGUAGAGACAAUUUCAUAUAUUUGACAUUAAUCAACCAUGUAAACACAUGGCCUGCUUUCGUCUAAAGAGGGUUUGUUACAAAUGAGAUUUUACAAUUGGAGCAAGGGUAUUGAAAGUGGAAAUUACAAUCUUUUACAUCGGCAGUUUUUAAAGUCUUUUUUGGAAUUGCUUUGCUGAAUAACUCUUACACUCCUCCACGAGCAGAUAAGAAUUCCCCACCAACUGAGGAAUCUUGCCUUAACCAGCACAGUUGGGAUCAGCUCCACAAAAAGUUUCAAACGUUAAAGUAGGACAACGUUUUCGCUCAGAGAACAACAAAAUAAAAAGGGCUUUUUAACUGCAAAGUGACACGCACUUCAAGGUCUGUUCUUAAAGCGGUAAAAAAGUAAAGCGUUUAAAAAUUUCACGCAGGCAGCAAACAUAAUGAUGUCCUUUUUCCUGUAGAUUCUCCGCCGUUAGAGCUGGUUAACCUAAUCGCACUGAUCGUUGCCGGCGUUGUUGUUUUGGUCGCCCUUCUUCUGAUCAUAAGAGUGUGGUGCUACUACAAAAAGCGCGCAUCAAAACAGGUCAAAAGGUAUUUAUGGCCGCUUAUAUUGACAUCAAUUAAAAUUAAUUUUAUCCCCACUAACCUAAUACUCCUUUCAUUUUUACCACCAAUAUCAUUAUUUCUCCACCAAGGGGUAUUAUCUCGGACGCAGUCCAAGCUAAGAAUAUGAGUCUGUUAGGCGAUUUCUUUAUUACCAUAACUGUCACUAUUAUCGUUAUCAUCAUCAGUUUGCUUGCUUAGUAAAACCAGCUUUUCCUGACAGUUGAUGUGGAAGUAAAUUUGUUUCUGGGUUGGGUUAUGGUGCAACCAAACUGAACUAACUGAAUUGAUUUUGAUUAAGGACGGUCGACGAUAUUCAUGUCUUAGAGCAGUGCGAAGUCCAUCCAUUAAGAACAGAAUUUAUCGAAGCCCUAGGCGAGGGAGCAUUUGGGAAGGUUCAUAAGGCAACACUCAAGGAUGGAUUGGAUUACUUAAAAAACGGUGAUGAUUUCAUUGGUAAGGCCAAGCGAAAAAAGAUUGUGGCAAUAAAGGAACUGCAUGGUAAGUAUGACUAUGAUCCCCUUCGAUAUCAUUAUCAGCAUUUCAUCGGCUUGGUCAUUCAUCGUUAAAUUCCAAUAAAAAAAUACCUCUACAUUAUGUAGUUGAUGAACUUAGUCCAUUGAUGUGGUCUAAAUUGUUUUCUCUUUGUGGUGCUAAUCUUCGAAAGCUUUCCCUUUCGGAUAUUUAUGUACAUGUGCUCGCUAUUGCUUGAGUCCGGCGGAAAUUUUUUCGGCUAAAAAAUUUCUACAGAACGGCUCGUAGCCAGAAGCAGAGGUAUACUCUUAUCAAUUUUCUCGUAAUUCCUGUUUAUUUAUUUAUUCAAAAAAGAAAAUGCCGGUGAAGAGCAGAGAAGACAAUUUCUGGAUGAAAUAGACCUGAUGAGGCAAGUCGGUCAACAUCGGAAUAUUUUGAGUUUCCUCGGGUGUUGGACCACGACCGAACCUUUUCUCCUGGUUAUUGAGUAUGUAGCUCAUGGAGACUUGCUUCAGUGGCUUAGAAGCAAGCGAACUCAGGUAAUUUCUCUUAAGGAAGUAGGUUUCUAAGGAAACUGUGGUGCUGCGUCGGAGGGAGGGUAUAACCAGGUAAUUGGUAUUAUCAACUGAGUUGAUAACGUAAAUUGGCCACCUUAAAGAGUGUUAGCACUUCGUCUUUCACUCUGAAGAAGGGCUAACGCUCGAAAUGUCGGCUUUGACUCUUUACGGUGGCCAAUUUUCGUUAUCAGCUCGGUUGAUAAUACCAACUUACCUUGUUAAUUUUUGCAAACCCGACUGUUGCUAACACGUAACGAAUGUGAUAUGAUUGAUACAGUUCCAAUACUCUGGUAAAGAGAGAAUUAUUUUCUGUGUUUAAAGCACCCAUGAUACAGUUGUCCCAAGUGUUUGAAGAUACAAAAAAGCGUUCACAGAAUCUAGAUUACUUACUUCAAACAUUGUUCAGACCUGAAUACCGACUUUGCUCACGACAAGAGACAGAUAUCUCAGGGGACAUGUAAUGAGAUAGGUUAAGGGGGUUCGUAUAUUAAUUCUAAGUUGUUCCUUAUUGAUACCAUUUCUUAUGCCAGCUGAUGCUUAAAAAACGUCGUAUGCUUAGAUUAACAGCUCGGCUGACAGCAAACCAAAGGAGAACGAUCUGUACGCAGGAUCUAGGACUGCUGUCUUUGGACCAACCGUUGAUCAGGUAGAAAAGUGUUAGACCUAUCUACUUCGCAACAGGCAAUUCUUGUUCCUUCUUUAUUCGGUCUUCGUACUAGUUUUGUAGCAGCUACUCCCCAUGCUAAUUUUACUUUCGAGUAUUGUUUCAUACUUAACUACGUUGGUUAACAUAAGGCAUACUGAGGUAACAGUUAUCCGGAUGAAGCGUAAAAAGAUUUGCUUUGUGAAAUGCAGACUAACGAAGAGUGUGAUGGGAGGGGAGAAAUACCUGAGGACGUACCUGGUCUUGGUGAUGUCUCAGGCCAACCUGGCAUAGAUGAAUGCAAAAUACCACUGGUUGUUUUCUCAACUUCAGAAGAGGGAACCGAUGGAACUUCAGGGAAGACAAAUGACGAGUGCAGUGUUGAUUGCGAGUCGUUCAUUCCAGCUGAUCUUUUGUCAUUUGCUUGGCAGAUAGCCGGAGGCAUG